AUGAAGCUCAGUGAAAAAGACCCAGCAGAAAACAAAGAAAGUGAGCUGGCAAGAAGGAAAGUGGACUGGUCCUGCUUGCUCGUCGUGGCCUCUCUGGUGGGCGCCUUUGGCUCCUCCUUCCUCUAUGGGUACAACCUCUCCGUAGUGAACGCCCCCACCCAGUAUAUCAAGGCCUUUUACAAUGACACGUGGGAAAAACGGCAUGGACAUCCAAUAGAUCCGGAUACGCUGACUCUGCUCUGGUCUGUGACUGUGUCCAUAUUCGCCAUCGGUGGACUGGUGGGGACAAUUAUGGUGAAGAUGGUUGCAAAUGUUCUUGGGAGGAAGUCCACCUUGCUGGUCAACAAUGGCUUUGCGAUUUCUGCAGCACUGCUGAUGGCCUUUUCUCUCCAGGCAGAAUCUUUAGAAAUGCUCAUCAUGGGACGCUUCCUCAUGGGUGUGGAUGGAGGCAUCGCCCUCAGUGUGCUCCCCAUGUACCUCAACGAGAUCUCACCCAAGGAGAUCCGGGGCUCUAUGGGCCAGGUGACUGCCAUCUUCAUCUGCAUUGGUGUGUUUUCUGGGCAGCUUCUGGGCCUGCCUGAGCUGCUGGGAAAGGAGAGUACCUGGCCAUAUCUGUUUGGAGUGAUUAUCUUCCCUGCCGUCGUCCAGCUGGUGAGCCUGCCCUUUCUCCCCGAGAGCCCACACUACCUGCUCUUUGAGAAGCAAGACGAGGCAGGAGCCGUGAAAGCCUUCCAGAAAUUCCUGGGCAAAGCAGAUGUGGCCCGAGAAGUGGAAGAGGCCCUGGCUGAGAGCCACGUGCAGAAAAACCUCCACCUGGUGUCCACCCUGGAACUGCUGAGGGACCCCUUCGUCCGCUGGCAGCUCAUCACCGUGAUCAUCACCAUGGCCUGCUACCAGCUCUGUGGCCUCAACGCGAUUUGGUUCUACACCAGCAGCAUCUUUGGCAAAGCUGGCAUCCCUCAAGCGAAUACGUACAUCACCCUGAGUACAGGGGGCAUCGAGACGCUGGCUUCCAUCUUCUCUGGCUUGGUUAUCGAGCGCCUGGGGCGAAGACCCCUCCUCAUCGGAGGCUUCCUGCUCAUGGCCCUCUUCUUUGGGACCCUCACCGUCACACUGUCACUGCAGGACCGUGCCCCUUGGGUCCCUUACCUCAGCAUCGUGUGCAUCCUGGCCAUCAUAGCCUCCUUCUGCAGCGGGCCAGGCGGCAUCCCAUUCAUCCUGACUGGAGAGUUCUUCCAGCAAUCGCAGCGGCCAGCAGCCUUCAUGAUUGCGGGCACUGUCAACUGGCUGUCCAACUUCGCUGUUGGCCUCCUCUUCCCAUUCAUUCAGAAAAGUCUGGACUCCUACUGCUUCCUCGUGUUUGCCUCAAUAUGUAUCAUAGGUGCCGUCUACUUCUAUUUUGUCCUGCCUGAAACCAAGAACAGAACACAUGCUGAAAUCAGCCAGGCAUUUGCCAAGAGGAACAAGGUUCAACCUCCAAAGGAGAAGUCGACUCCACUGUAG